AUGGCUUCAAAAAGAAAGCAAAAAGAGAAGCAAAAGGAUUUCAAAAAGGCGAAACUAAAAGUAGGCAAGACGGCUCAGAAGCCCGACAACUAUACAGAUAUCUCGUUCAAGUCAAAAACAAUCACACUUCCAGGACAGUCUAUUACCACAGUACAUAUUACGGGGUUCAAUGAUUUAGCACACCAACUUUCCCUCACUAAGCAUUAUUCGUCUAGUACAAGAAAAGAAGUUCUUACAAACAUUACUCAAAAUUUACCGUCAAGCCCUUCGGCUUAUAAGCAGAUUAUUUCCAGCGUGAUACCCUUAAUACUUGAUGAAUCGAAACAAGUAAGGAUGGAAUUGAUGUCGCUAUUGGCAGAAAUUGGACUUGUGCAACCUGGACUACUUGAUUUGCAUAAACGGAGCAUCGUUCUUUUCAUAAUCUCAGCAAUGACGCACAUUCAGCCAGAUAUACGAAAUACCAGUACGCAAUUUUUAAAUAUCUUGAUCAAGUAUGCUGAUUUAAAACUGUAUUUUGUCAAGAUACUAAGAAACUUUUUUGUUUUAAUGACCUGGUCAUUGAAGGACGAUUCAAGGUCCAAAUCGGUCUUAAUAACAACAAGUUCUUCAAUUCUUCUCGGUGCCAACUCCAAGAAAGCAAGAGUAAAUCAUUUACAAGCACUAUCAAGAUUCUUGGAGAUGACAUUGAAACGUGACUUUGGUGAAAAUACCAAAUGCGCCGAAACAAGCACUACCAGACUAAUAAUAACAACGCAUCCACAAACAGAAAAAUACCUUUUUCCCUCGAUUCCUCAAGCAUUUGCCCCAUUAAAUUUAUUCGGUAAUGAAAUGAAAAGUGAAUUACUUACAACAGGAGGUUCUGUUGAUUUAAAGGAAUUGGAUUCAAUUACAACAGAGGAUAUAAAUACCAGACUUUCUAUAAUGCGUGAUGUUUUCAAGGAUCGCAUGUUGACAAACUUGAACGGGUUGAGCAAAGAAGGUGGAGAGGUGGGCAGAGAACUUGCAGCUCCAUCCUUGAGAUGCUUAGGAACAACUAGACCAAUGGUUUCGGCCAGGUCAUUUCUCCCCAAUCAUUUGUUGUGCUCGAAUAUUCACACUUCAUCUAGUUUGUUUGCGAAAAAGAAACUGAAGGGAAAGGGAAAACAUAAAAAAUCAGAAAGAGAAAAUGAACUUGAUGAGUCUGACGAAUAUGAAGGGGUGACGCCUACAAUAGAUUUCAGAGACGCGACAGACAGAUUUGAGCUGUAUCUCAGCAAGUUUCGAAAAUCGGCUAAUGAGAUCAAACUAGGCAAAUUGAACCCAAAGAUUUUUGAUGGGCUUAUGAUUAAUGUGGGUAAUAAUAAAGAUGUACAAGAAGUUCCCUUUCCGAGCGUUGCCCAAACAUCAGUGAGAGGACGAAACUUUAUAAUCACCACGUUUGAUCCACUGAAUGCGCAGUCAAUCAUCAAUGCUAUCAUUGGAUCGGGGUUGAACAUGAGCGGUACCGUUGACCCUCAAAAUAAAAUGAACAUCAAAAUACCCUUGCCUCCAAUAACACAAGAAACAAAACAAAACAGUGUAAAGCUUUUGAAACAGCUUUUUGAAAAGACUAAAAGCAACAAGACAGGGUCCUUGGCUAGUGUGAGAGGUGAUAUUAGACAAAAUUUUAACCGUGACUUGAAACAUCACAAGAUUUCCGACUAUGAAAAGGAACAGUUGAACGAAUUGGAAAAAUUACACAAAUCGUAUCUUGAGAAAUUGCAUGAUGCAUUUGUAGAAUUUGAAAAGAGUAUAUUGAACUAA